GCGGUGUGAUGUGAGAAAUAUGAAAGUAACUGCAAGGAAUACACCAGAAUUUGACGAGAAUUGCGACAUGUGGCGUUGAGCUUGCACGAGAUCACUGUGAUCGAACUUCACCACCGACCUCUAUAAGUAAACAGCGCACCUUAUUUCCUCCUUUCCCACCGUAUCCCGCCUCUUCUUCCUUCCCGACGACCAUGACGGCGAGCACGUCGUACGUCUGCGACACAAUUCCCUGCUGCUCGCCUCGCCCUCGACACCAAGACCGAAGAUACCCCAAUGUCGUCGCCGCCACCAUCGGAUGACCACGAGCACGACGACAUACCUUGUCAGCAGCCAGAGCAGGAAAUUCAUACAGAAAGCGGAACAGAGUCACCGCCGCCAUUCCAACAGCAACCUCCAGCGAGAAAGUUAUGUGUGAGGCAUCAAAGAAUGGCAGAUGAAGGGACGAAUUUGAAGUUACAGCAGUCUCUGGACGCUCUACCGCUCGAGGACAGGUCGGCAGUUUCUGCAAUCUGGUCCAACUUUUCAUCUUCAUCCCAUCCACGAAGAGCCUUGAUUCUUCAGGGCCUGCUCACCAUGUGCUGCUUUUCUCAACUUUCCCUUCUUACCGAACAACUUGCCCACCUCAUCCGAAUCGAUCCGUUCACUGUUCUUCCUCGCGAAGUUUCCCUUAAAGUCCUCAGUUACCUCGAUGCAACAUCUCUAUGUCGCGCGGCCCAAGUUACCAAGCACUGGCGCAGCCUCGCUGACGACGAUGUCUUAUGGAGAGGCAUCUGUGAGCAGCACAUCGGUCAAAAAUGCAGGAAGUGUGGUUGGGCCCUGCCUAUUCUCGAGAAGAAACGGACGUUUGCCAAGGCUUUAACGCCGCCGCCAAGCGUUCCCUUGUCGUCGUCCGAACAGAAAGCAAAGAGAACAUUAGAGGAUCUCGCUGAUAUAUCCGAACGACCUCUCAAGCGGUCCAGGUCGGAUGACGGCAGCGACUCCUCAACAUCGGGAGACGAAUCUGCAUACGCCCUUCUUGCUCCUCUUGCUCCGGUGCCGACGACCCAGGUUACGCGCCCGUGGAAGGAUGUCUACAGCGAGCGCAUGACGAUCGAACAAAACUGGCGACGUGGACGAUGUACGGUCCGCACUCUCAGAGGGCAUAAGGAUGGUGUUAUGUGUCUGCAGUUCAUGGAGACGCUGUCACAUCCUGCAUUUCCUGUGCUCAUCACCGGCUCUUACGAUCGUACAGCCCGAGUGUGGAAUCUUGAGACCGGUGUCGAGUUGCACUGUCUAAAGGGGCAUACAAGGGCUAUCCGUGCUUUGCAAUUCGACGAAGUCAAGCUGAUUACAGGGAGCAUGGAUUCGACACUCAAAGUAUGGGAUUGGCGACGAGGAAGACUUAUCAGGACGCUUACGGGACACACGGAAGGCGUUGUCUGUCUCAAUUUUGACUCCAACGUCCUUGCCAGCGGCAGUGUUGACUCGACAAUUAAAGUGUGGAAUCUUAGGACGGGAGGUGCAUUUACGCUGAGAGGUCACUCAGAUUGGGUCAAUGCGGUCAGGCUUUGGGAUUCCAAUACAUCGUCGACACCUUCCACUACUAUGAAGAGUCCAAUGUUCGACACGCCUGGAUGCGCAGCUCCACAGAUCGAUCCAGGAAAAAUGCUCUUUUCGGGAUCGGACGACGGUACUAUUAGACUCUGGGAUUUAACACAACGGGCCUGUCUCAAGAUCUUUACCGGUCAUGUGGGGCAGGUACAAAGUCUCAAGUUGUUAUUCGCAGAUGAUUGUAGUGGAGAAGAGGUGGAAGGUGACCAGGCCAAGGACGAACAGAAUGAAGAGGCGCCGCAGUCCCAGACCAGGGCGAAGAAGCCCAUUCUGAUCUCUGGAAGUUUGGACAACACCGUCAAGCAGUGGGAUAUCGAUACGGGGAAGACCGUAAGGACAUUCUUCGGUCAUAUCGAAGGGGUCUGGGCAGUUGCGAGCGAUAAAAUGAGGCUGGUUAGUGGCAGCCAUGAUAGGACUAUCAAAGUUUGGUCGCGAGAAGAUGGUAGUUGUACUGCUACGCUCGUAGGGCAUACAGCGGCAGUGAGCUGUCUUGCACUAGGCGAAGACAAAAUCAUUUCUGGUGGCGACGAUAACGACGUCAAGGUAUGGAGCUUCAGCGAGUGAAACAUAUCAUCUCCAUAUCACUUCAACAAGUCUAUUCAUCCGCAUCUUAUUGUUAUAUUUCGCUUUAGUUGUUGCUGUCGGUUUUGGCUUUCGCUGUUUUUUACUUUCAAUAUUACAUUAUCGUCUACCAAUACACAUCUACGAAUACAAAGG